CCAAGCAGCGGGGUUACGGCGUUGCAAACGGCUUGUUACCGAGGACAUACAGACUUGGUCAAGAUGUUAAUCGCGAGAGGUGCCGAUGUCAACGGUCAACCAGGCAAGCAUAGCGGCUAUACAGCCUUACAGGGAGCUUGCUUGGUAGGGGAGACCGACAUCGUCGAGCUCCUCCUCCAGAACGGAGCAGACAUCAAUGCUCCAGGUUCUAAUACGCACGGAGGAACUGCGCUUCAUGCUGCCGCCGCAGGUGGCCACUUGGACCUGGUGAACAGACUGCUGGAUGCCGGUGCAGACCCCAAUGCCCUGGCUGGAUCUCGCGGUCAGACAGCUGUACAGACCGCGUUCGUCAUUGGGAGGACGGAUAUUGUUGAUGCCCUGGCGGCAGCCGGUGCCACGGGAUCAUUCACUGGGGGCAGAAUAUUGUUUGGCAAUACUAGAAUCAGGAGUUGGUCGACAAGCGAGAUGCACAUUGUGCAGGAACGUAAUUAGAAAGGCUUUGCUUUGAUUGAUAGUUCAGACAUAUCAAUCAUGCCGUCCACGAUCGGUCGCUGGCUUGCAGCCCAAAUC